GCUAAAUCACAUUUAAUAACAAGUAAUAAAUCUUUAGGCGUUGUUAAAUGUUUCGGUUUAACUAUCAAUCCAAAUAGAAAAUAUAUGCUUGUAUUACAGAAAAUGGAUGUUGACUUAAGAAGUUAUUUACGCCAUAACCAUAAUAAACUUACAUGGAAAAUGAGAAUUAACAUAAUUUGUGAUAUAAUAAAAGCAUUUUACGAAAUUCACAAAGGGAAUACAAUUCAUAGGGAUUUACAUUCUGGGAAUAUAUUAUAUUUACAAAGUGCAAAUUUAUGGUGCAUUUCUGAUUUUGGAUUUUCAGGACCAGCUGAUAAACCAUUAACGAACGUAUAUGGAAAUCUUCCUUAUAUAGCACCUGAGAUUUUAUUUCGAAAGGAUUAUUCUUUUGCAUCUGAUAUUUAUA